UGGGGAAGCCAUGGCGUGUAGUUGGUGAGAUUCCGCAUCAGCCGCCCACGUUUAACAGCUGAGUGCGAGAACAGAGCGGAGCGCAUACAAAACAAACCACCACCACUGUCACUUACAUCGCAUCUGCUGGGGACAGCCCGUCCAGAAGAUUGAAUGUAGUGAUAAAAAAUAAAAACAAGGCUAAUAAAAAGGGCGAAAAAAAGAAACAGUGGCCCGGCGGCAUGUGCCAGACGUGCGGCCUUGCGAGCUUCAGCUACGAUGCGCUGCCGCUCGCGCGCGCCGACUUCUCGACACGCCUCAUCAAGCUGCACCCGGCGCGUGCCUACUCGGCCGACAUUGUCGUGGACCUUGUGCUUCUGUCAGAGGAGCCACAGGCCGGCGAGACAGGCUUCGAGGCGGUAUCGUGGUGCUGGGGCCGCGAUGAGUGGAACUGCGCCGUGCGCAUCCGCGACGAUGCCGGCGACAAGUGCUUCAAGGUCUCGCGCAAUCUGGAUGUCGCUUUGCGGCGACUGCGACUCGUUGACAAUUACCGCGUGCUCUGGAUCGACGCCAUCUGUAUUGACCAGCGCAGUAGUGUUGAGAAGAGUCGACAGGUGCCCAUGAUGGCGGGCAUCUAUGGCAUGGCGAUGCGGGUGUGUGUGUGGCUGGGCGAUGGUAAUGAGACAACGCAUAAGGCGAUUGAGUUUAUGCAUGGCGAGUUGGCCAAUCUGAAUCGCUUUGAUCAUCUCUGUCGGGAGGAUGAGUAUCGAGAUCGCUGGAUUGCCUUGAUUCAGUUUAUGGAGCAGCCCUGGUUUAGUAGACGAUGGGUUAUUCAAGAGAUUGCGCUGGCAAACCAAAAGGCUGCCAUCCUCAUUUGUGGCCAAGACACCAUCCAGUGGUCAGCAUUUUGCAUGUCGGCACUGCUGUUUCACCGCGCCAUGUCUGGCAGCUUGAAUCUUGCGCGACUGACAUUUUCCGAGCUCGAAGGGACAGCGUUUGGCCUCCGCUACGCACCGGCGCUGAAUGCUAUCCAAAUCGUCAAGGCUGUAAGCGAUCUCUUCCGCACAGCAUACCACCAAGGACCACCCGUGCCACUGCGAAGUCUCGAGUAUCUCGUUGCUAGCUUUAGCAUGUACGAUAACGCGGAGCCGCGUGAUGUCAUCUAUUCACUCCUUUCUAUAUCGCGCGACGCCUCGGAGACCGAUGACGCAGCACUGGUAGAGAUAUCUGAUCUCCCCAACUUUGGCAGAUUUGGCGCUCACAAGAUCCUACGCUCCUUGCUGCGCACAAACAUGCACCAGCCUCUACGAGUGGACUACUCGGCGCCAGUUCUAGAGGUUUACAAGCAGUUCAUGUCCUUUUCCAUCCCCCGCGCUCACCCGUCUGGUGCGCUUGAUAUGUUGUGCAGACCGUGGGCACCCGAGCUGGCUGGAGAGCGCUUCCCGUCAUGGAUAGCAACGCUCGCAAAUGCAGCGUAUAAACCUGUGGAUCGAAGUGCUCUAGGAAAAAGACUGGUUCGACGAAACCCAGACCCUCUGGUCGGAGACGCCGCCGCUACAGUGUACACAGCUUCCCGUGCCAUUGGUCCACCUACAGACAAAAGCCUCUUCAAGUAUUGGAACUCGCUUGAUCGGAGCAUGUUCCUGCAGGGCUUCGUACUGGAUACCAUCUCUACGCUCGAGUUUCCGUCACAGCUUGGCCAUAUACCACCCGAGUGGCCAGCCCUUGCUGGCUGGAGGCCUAAAAGCGGCCCUCCUCCCGAGGAAUUCUGGCGGACACUUGUUGCAGAUCGCGGGCCCGGAGGCAGCGAUCCGCCAUCAUUCUAUGGCCCAGCCUGCGAGACAGUCUUUCAAGAGGCCAUGGAUGACACACUGGAUACCUCGAUGCUCAUCAACCACGGCAGCUCUGUGACAGUGGACUUUUUGAAGCGUGUUCAGGCAGUCAUCUGGAACAGGCGGAUGAUGCGUACGUCCAACUCCUGGCUUGGCCUGGCGCCGAAGGCAGCGCGUGAAGGCGACCUGAUAUGCAUUCUCUACGGGUGUAGUGUGCCCGUUAUACUGCGCAAAGUAUACAAGACGCCCCAGGAUCUAGAAAAGGAGCUGGAAGACGAAGAGAUCCGCAGGGCUAAUGUAGUUGCGUAUAUCGCAAAGAAUCUAGCUGCAAGAGCCCGCAGAAAGCGCGAGGGCAACAAGGCCGAGAGCGUUGACGGUGACGAUGACAUGUUCAGUGUCCACUCGAAUGGAAAUCAUACAGCAAAUGGAAUUCCACCGCCUACGAAUGCGAAGAAUAUGAAGCCGCAACCGCCAUCUGUGCUUGGCAAACGCAAUACCCCAGAACAAACGGACAGCAUCCCACUGGAAGCAAACAAACGACCAUUGAGAGAUCCAGAGGCGAUGCAGCUGGAGCCUGAUACGGCCGCCCCGGCUACUGCUUCAAGCAAGUUACACAGUAGCAACACCGAUUAUUACUAUAAGCUCAUUGGCGAGAGCUACGUCCACGGUAUGAUGCACGGCGAAGCGCUGACAUUUCGGUGGAAUUACAACAAGGGUAAAUCAAUGGAAGAGCGUAUUGUCAGCGAUACUUUUGAGCUGAGAUGACGUCCGAGGAUUUCUGCAUGUGUCCAUGGUAAACAAACAUCGUAUAUUCUAAUACCAAGUUGCAUUGGAGUGUAUGAGGUGGCUUGUGAUGGUGUCUACUUUGAUGUAUAUAUAGCGUCACGCCAUCCAUAACUCAUUGAGAGCGAGCAUAUUUUGUUGAAAUAGCUUUAAUUUGAUUUGAUUUUCGUUUUCCUUUCAAAGAACGCAAAGAAACCUUUUUCCCAGAUUUAACAGUACAAAUAAGAAAAAGAGUAAGACCAGACACAAAAAGUAAAAUAUAACCCAUCUCGGCGUUGGCAGCAGCAAACACCGUCCAAAAGAGAAUGCACCUUUUACAGCGAGUAGAAACCCAGCCAUUGUUGCCAGCUAACAACAACACCAUCCUUACUCUCAUGACAGCCUCGCUUUUUUGUUAUUCCUGGCCCAUGGUUAAGCCGUAUUUCGUUACAUCGAUAUCUAUCUUGUUAGUUGUCAUGGGGCAUUAGUUUAGCCGCUGCCAGUGGCUCUGUUCUGAGCUUCGCCAAGACGAGAGUAUAGCAUGUACAGCGCCAUACGGUUGCACUCUUCGCUGCCCGAGAUGGUAACAAGGCGCUCGUUGCUGCUGUCUUGCGGUUCGUUAAUCUUAAUAUUGCUGCCACUCAGCUGGCGGAUCUCGUUAAUCUUUUGACCACCCUUGCCGAUAAUGGCGCCAACCAUGUCGUUGGGGAUAUAGAUCUGCUGCGUCACGGCACCGCCGGGGAGAGCGGCGUGCAUAGGCUGGGCCUGGGCAGCGUGCGCCUGAGGACCGGUAUGGGGAGGCAUGUGCUGCGCUGCGUGCGGAGCAGGCGCCGCGUAGCCACCGCUGGCAGCACCUUGAGCGCUGUAGUGGAUGGGCAUCGACGGGUGUGGAGGCUGAGCAGCACCAUGUGCGUAGUGAGGAGGAUACGCGGGAGGUGGCAGAGGUGCACGGCGUUCCGAGUGGCGACCAUAGUUCUCGCUGCGGCCGUAGUGGCCAGAGGCAGGCUGCGGGCUGUAGGGAACGACUUGCAUGCCACCGGGGAUCGAGCCUGAGGGAGCACCGCUGCGAGUAGCAUAAGCAGAUGCAGCAGGUCCGCCGAAGCGCUCGUUCAGCUGCUCCAAAAGAGUGCUGCCGACAUAGUACGUAGCAAUGUGGACAGCAUCGGCAACUCCCAUAACGACUAGCGAACGUUCGCCAGACAUGGGUAAGCAUGAGUCAGAGGCAUUAAGUCUGGCGCCGGAAGCUUCCUGAAUCUCACGAAUGCGAGCACCGCCCUUGCCGAUAAUAGAGCCGAUGAGAAUGUGAGGAAUCAAUAAGCGCAAGGGGUAUGUCUUGGAGGAAGCAGUAGACGCCUCGUUGAGAGGCUCGUUGUUCAGAGUACGGAUAAUCAAUCCAAACGCCUUGGCAACAGCAUCAACAAUACCACUAACAGUCAGGAUGCGCUCGACGGCACCCUUUUGAUAAUCGCUAACAGUGCACUUGGCAUUGGACAUUUUGCGGAUGUUGGAGACGUUCUCGCCUCCUUUGCCAAUAAUAGUAGCAGCCUCAGGGCUCGAAAUAACCGCGCGGAUGUGAAUCCAAGCAGUCUCAUCAUGCGCAGCGGCAGAGUUGACUGCAUUGUCGGAUGGCACGGCGGCAGUUCCAGCCUUGGCCUCGCCAUCAGCAGUGGCUGGCUCGGAAGCUUCGUCUUGGGCACCGUUUGUACCCUCCUCGUCGCCAUUAUCCUCGGGCUCGGCAGAGGCACGCGCAUUGGGCUCAGUAGUCUCCACGUCGUCCUCGUCGGUCUUUACCACCUUAUCGAGAGCAGGGCGCUUGGCAUCGGGCUGGUCUGUGGCUCUCGAAGGAGAGGAAGCUUCCUCAAGCGGACGCUUGGUCGAUUGGGUCGUUUGUGUCGGAGAAGAAGGCAUUUUGAAGAGUAAAAUUUAUAUCACAGAGUUUGGACUUGGUAAUAGAUAAGUCUAGUCGGUAGGCACUAUUUCUUUUAUUCUGUUCGGGUCUGUAUCUACACUCAGGGGGUUUUCGGGAUGGAAAACGUGCUGUGUGUAGUGACUGGAGUCGGAUAGUGAAGUCGUGAAGUCGGAGCAAGAUUGGUGAUGUGACUUGUGUAUAUAAAAGUGUGUCGCGAGGCGAUGGGCUUGGAAAAGAAGCGGCGCAGGGCUGGAGAGAUAUCUCUGCGGACCUGUUCCAGGAGAUGUUGGGCUGGGACUCGAGUGAUAGUGAUGCGCGGAAGGCCAGGUAGUCUUGAUAACGUCCCAAGAGACAGCAAGAUGCGGUGCAAUGUUCGGAAUAGAGUUGAAAGAGGAAUGACUCGUGAUGGAAAAGGACGGGUUGUGAAGGCGGGCGUAAGGCUUGGGAGAAUGGAUCUCGGAGAUAGGAAGAGGCCAGUGGUAUCGCUCAAACCUUUCUUAAUACUAUAGCACUUCCUUCUUUUUCUUUUCUUGUUUAGCGUAUCCGAUUGGAUUCCCUGAUGGCGUUGCUGUCAAAGGAUCAAUGCGGCUUCUGGCUGCUUUACGUUGGUCGUGCGGGCGCGGGACGAGGAAUGGGCGUCGGGACAAGAUCGCGCAAAGCGGCAGAGUUCCUUGUGUCGGACCGAGUUGUCGCAACCGGGUGGAGUUGUCGGAAGUCGAUUGCAAACGCACCGAGAUGGAACCUGCUACGAAUUGCACGCUGGGCGAUGAGUUGGAAGCUCGAUAAUCGCAAUGGUGUCGCGAGGAG